GCGGCCGCGUGCGGCCUGAUCCUACUGCGCCAGUAACCCCGCAGAGGCAGUAGCCGACGAGGCGCGCGCCAUUGUUCUCCGUCUUCUCCGGCAUCCGAGAUGGCUUCCGCCGCGUUGGCCUCCCGCGCGCUGCAGCCUCCGCGCCGGCACCGCGGCCCCUCCCCCCGCCGGCCGCGCUCGCCGACCACCAGCGCCGGCGCCGCAUGUCCACGACGCCGGGGCGGAGGCGCGCCAGCGGUGGUGGCCGCUGGUUCCGCGCGCUGCCGGGCGGUGGCCGCCGACGAGCGCCCCGCUGAGCCCUCCUUCCCCGAGGGCGAGGACGGCGCUCUCUCCGGGGUGGCGGAGAGGCCGGAGGCGGACGUCGUCGUCAUCGGGAGCGGGAUCGGCGGGCUGUGCUGCGCGGGGCUCCUGGCUAGGUACAACCAGGACGUGCUCGUGCUCGAGAGCCAUGACCGCCCGGGAGGCGCCGCGCACUCGUUCGACAUAAAGGGCUUCAACUUCGACUCGGGUCCCUCCUUGUUCUCCGGCUUCCAGUCUCGAGGUCCCCAGGCCAAUCCCCUCGCCCAGGUCCUUGAUGCGCUAGGCGAAUCAGUUCCAUGUGCCUCAUAUGACUCCUGGAUGGUUUAUGUGCCUGAAGGCCAAUUCCUCUCGCGGAUAGGUCCAACUGAUUUCCUCAAAGAUCUCGAGGCAUUUGUUGGCGUUGAUGCAGUCCAGGAGUGGAAAAAGCUUCUUGAUGCAGUUAUUCCUAUAUCUGCAGCUGCAAUGGCUUUGCCUCCACUUUCCAUUCGAGGUGAUUUAGGUGUGCUCUCCACAGCUGCUGGUAGAUAUGCUCCUUCUCUCUUGAAAUCAAUCCUGCAAAUGGGACCUCAAGGAGCUCUUGGCGCUACAAAACUUCUACGACCAUUCUCAGAGAUUGUCGAUUCAUUGGGUCUGAAAAAUCCCUUUGUUCGUAAUUGGAUCGAUCUCUUGUGUUUUCUACUUGCGGGAGUCAAAUCUGAUGGUGCUCUUUCUGCAGAAAUGGUUUAUAUGUUUGCAGAAUGGUAUAAACCAGGAUGCUCGCUUGAGUAUCCUCUUGAGGGAAGCGGAGCAAUAAUAGAUGCCCUUGUGCGAGGAAUCAAAAAAUUUGGUGGCAGACUUGCUCUUCGUUCUCAUGUUGACAAAAUUUUAAUUGAAAAUGGUCGAGCAGUUGGUGUCAAGCUACAAAGUGGACAAAUUGUGCGUGCAAAGAAAGCAGUUGUUAGCAAUGCAUCGAUGUGGGAUACUUUGGAUUUACUGCCACCAGAUGCUGUCCCAAGAUCAUAUAAAGACAAAGUGAAAGCAACUCCACAAUGUGAAUCGUUUAUGCAUCUCCACUUGGGUUUUGAUGUGGAGAAUGCUAGAGAGGACCUUGGAAUCCAUCAUAUUGUGGUUAAUGAUUGGAACAAAGGAGUUGAUGGUGACCAGAACGUUGUAUUGAUAUCAGUUCCUAGUGUUCUUGGAAAUGGCUUAGCGCCGCCUGGAAAGCAUGUCCUACAUGCUUAUACACCAGGAACAGAACCUUUCAGUUUGUGGGAGGGACUAGACCGGAAAAGCGCCGAGUAUCGAAGGCUGAAAGAAGAACGCUCUGAGGUGAUGUGGAAAGCUGUGGAGCUUGCCCUUGGUCCAAGAUUUAGCAGAGAAAAAUGCGACGUGAAGCUGGUUGGAACACCAUUAACACACAAGAGGUUCCUCCGAAGAAAUAGAGGAACCUAUGGUCCAGCCAUAAAAGCUGGGGAGGCUACUUUCCCUGGGCAGGCAACACCGAUACCCCAGCUAUUCUGCUGUGGUGACUCGACUUUCCCAGGCAUCGGUGUACCGGCCGUCGCAGCAAGUGGCGCAAUUGUCGCAAACACGCUAGUCCCUGUGUCACAGCACUCAGAGCUUCUUGAUGCUGUUGGAAUUUGAUAUGCAGACAAUCAGAAUACUGUGUGGAGCUUUUCACAGACAUCAAGAUUAAUGUAUGAAGAUUAAAAGCUAUAAGUUCAUCCUCCCCACAUGCAGAGGCAGGCAGAUCUGUGGCAAGCUGUAUAUGACUACAUUACAACAUACAUAUAAAGAAACAAAGAACCCAUGGAUCGAUAUAAGGAGAACUGGAUCAGCAUGAAUUUUAGAAUGAAUACUUCAUGUACAGAAGUUUUUCUUAGAAGAAAAAAAAAGAUGCAUGAUGUUGUACAUUCCAUAGCUCUGAAUUUCUGAUAAACGAAGAACGGGUAACACAGGCUACAUGAAGUUUGUUUUUUUCCGCAUUGUUAAUGCAGCUUCUGGCAAAGUGGUCUCCUGAAGCGAACCAUGCUUGUUGUAUCGUUCUACCGAAAGUUCUGUGGCACAUGCAGGCUUUUGUCGAUUUCUUUUCUGGUACGGGGAGAUAAGCACGGCUCCAUGAGUUGGAUUUGCGUUUAGAAUAGAAGAAUGGAUGCCCUGUACGACUAAAGCAGCAGGAAAUGAAAAUCACAAAGGAGCUGAAACUUGUUCAGCAAAAAAUCUCAA